GAUGUGUCUUUGUCGACUGCGUAAUGUAAAGUGAUAUUUUAAUAUUAUUUUAGUAAAUAAAACUCUUGAAAAAUGUCUGAAGAAAAAUUACACGUUUCUGCAGUAAGACAUUCGCUGCAACAUUUUGGGUGGUUUGAUUAUAUCUUAUUUGUUUUAAUGCUAACAAUUUGCGGAGGAAUCGGUAUUUAUUUCGGAUUUGUGAAGAAACAGAGUUCGACUCAAGAUUAUCUGAUGGGCGGACGAAAUAUGAAGUUAUUGCCUGUUUGUUUCUCACUAGUCGCAAGUUUUAUUUCAGGAAUAUCGUUAUUAGGUAUACCGACAGAACUAUAUAUUUAUGGCACAGCAUAUGUGUUUACUUUGAUUGGUACUUUAUUGAUGUCAAUAAUUGUAUCUUAUACGUUUUUACCAAUACUUCAUGACUUGAGAUUGACUUCAGCUUACGAGUAUUUGGAACUUCGGUAUGAUAAACGUUUACGAGUAUUCGGAUCUGUCUUGUUCAGCGUUUAUUUGAUGGCGUGGCUGCCCAUAGUUAUUUACGUACCAGCUUUAGCGUUUAAUCAAGUAACUGGUGUAAAUAUUCACAUAACAACUUCUAUAGUAUGCUUCGUGUGCAUAUUUUAUACGUCUUUGGGUGGUUUAAAGGCUGUUGUAUGGACCGAUGUGAUACAGACUAUUGUGAUGAUAGGAGCUAUGAUCUUGGUUAUCAUAAAAGGGACCAUCAUCGCGGGCGGUCUUGGGGAAGUGUUCAGAGAAAAUUGGAACACAGGACGAGUUGAGAUACCACCCGUCACAAUGGAUCUAACAGUGAGACAUACAAUAUGGUCAGUGUCUAUUGGCUCUACGUUUUACUGGAUCGGCAACGUUGCUGUUAAUCAAUCUAUGUUGCAAAGGUUCUUAGCCUUGGCUGAACUUAAAUCGUCCAAAAGAGCAAUCUGGGGAUUUUUCGGUGGUGUAAUGUUCAUAGUUCUAAUAUGUGGGUACAGUGGUUUGUUGGCCUAUGCCAAGUACCAUGAAUGUGACCCAUUGGACUCUCGACUGGCGUUGGCCAAAGAUCAACUGUUGCCUCUUCUGGUAAUGGAUGUAUUAGGAGACUGGCCUGGCAUGCCGGGCAUUUUUGUUGCAGGAGUUUUCAGUGCAUCUCUUAGUUCACUCUCCACUGGUCUCAACUCGAUGGCUGCUGUAGUAUUAGAGGAUUUCUGGAAACCAUUCUUUAAGCCUCUGACUCAUAGGCAAACACAAAUAAUGAUCCGAUCUGUGGUCGUUAUACUUGGGGUUAUUUGUGUCGGUUUAGUAUACAUAGUAGAAAUGUUGGGCUCUGUUCUACAACUGACUAUGAGCCUCUCGUCAGCUUCAAUGGGACCUUUAGCCGGAGUCUUCUUGAUGGGGAUAUUUUUGCCGUUCAUCGAUGGUACGAGUGCUUUGAGCGGAGGUAUCAUAGGUCUAUCGUCUGCUUGGUGGUUAGCCGCGCAGUCACAGUUAGCACAAGCAAGAGGACUGAUGCAAUCUAGUGAAAAACCAAGAUUUACACAAAACUGUACUUACGAAUUUGAUGAAAUUGUACAUAACGUGGUUGACGCUGAAAGUAAAGUACCGUACUUGUACAGAAUAUCUUUCAUGUGGUUCACUGCGUUCGGAUGUAUGGUGACCGUUGGUAUUGCCUGCAUAGUUAAUUUUCGAAAAACUGCUAAAGUUCAUCAUGACCAUCGAUUGUUCGCUCCCUUUAUACGAAAAUGGUUGGAGAAAGACAAGAUAAACGAAAUGUAUUUAAAAAAUCUUCAGAAAUGAUUAAAUUGCCUACAGCCCAGACAUGGAUUGCGAUGGAUUUCAUCAUGUUUUUAAAGCAAUGGUCGAAUCAAACUAUUCAAUUUAUAAUAAAUUGUUGAUGAAUAAUACCUAUUAAAACGUAACACGAGUAACUAAUGAUAGGUAUAAUAUGAUUAGAAAUAGUCAUUGUAGCG